AAAUAGAUUGUCUCAAAAACUAUAUUGAUUUUGAAAAUUGUUUAAAAUGUAAAUUAUAAAAACAACACGGAAGACAACUCAGUGUUACAAACAAACAAUAUCCUUAAUUUCCUCCCUCAAAACGCUACCACAACACAUUUACUUGCAAAAACAACUUCUCAUUCCAUUUCCCAUAUUUUCAGGCUCCUUGUACUACCUAAUGACAAAAGCAUGACACCAUAUUGACAAGUAUAUAUAAAGGACAGUGAUCCUUCUCAGCCUACAAACUAUUAAACACCAGAAAGAAAAAAUGACAGAACUCAAAUAUAUUUGCAUUUGCUUCUCACUAACACUUAUACUAACCUUAGGAGUUGGAUCUCUAGACCAGAAAUGGUCUGGUGGGAAUCAGUUUGGUUACGAGGGCGGGUUCUGUCUUCCCGGUCUUUGCAUCAGAGGAGCCGGUGGCAGCAGAGUCCAGUAUGGUGGUGGUGGUCGUGGGAUUCAAUAUAAUGGUGGUGGUGGACGUGGCAUGGACAGAAUUGGUUUUAGAGAGACCAUGUACUGCAAACCGUUGACUUGCUGGUCUGGCUCAUGUGAUGCACUCCAUUUGCAUUUAGACAAGGGGAUUUACGAGUCCCUCGUAAGCAAGGAGGCAGCAAAACAACCAUCUACUGUUGAUUUCAUCCCAGAGACAUUCAAACACAAUGCCAACACAAACUAUGAAGUGAAAGAAGCUGCAAUGGCACCACAAUCUAACUAGCUAAUCAAGUUUUAGCCUCUGUUGCAUUUUAGUUUGUAUAUCAAUAAACAUAAUCUAAUAAAACUCUCAUCAGGC